AUGUCAGGUGGGCUUAACCGAUCUUCAAGCGCUGCUUCAAAGAACGUCCUUCCUCCUCAAGAGCUCCUGGAUGAUCUCUGCAGCCGCUUUGUCCUGAACGUGCCAAAAGAGGAUCAGCAGUCUUUUGAGAGGAUUUUGUUUCUUGUGGAGUACGCACAUUGGUUUUACGAAGACAAUUCAGUUGAGAAAAAUCCGUCUUUGAAGUCGUUGACUUUGAAGGAAUUUACAUCUUUAUUGUUCAACAACUGUGAUGUUCUAAAGCCCUACGUUGCCCACAUAGAUGACAUAUUUAAGGACUUCACUUCAUAUAAAGUUCGAGUUCCAGUGACUGGAGCAAUUAUACUGGAUGAAACUUAUGAAAGGUGUUUACUAGUGAAGGGAUGGAAGGGAACUAGUUGGAGCUUUCCCCGCGGGAAAAAGAGCAAAGACGAGGAAGACCAUAAGUGUGCGAUUAGAGAAGUCCUAGAGGAAACAGGAUUUGACGUUUCAAAUCUUCUUAGCAAAGAGGACCACAUUGAGAUGAUUUUCGGGCAGCAGAGAGUGAGACUGUACAUAAUUGCUGGGGUGAAUGAUGAGACAUAUUUUGCUCCACAGACUAAGAAGGAGAUCAGUGAAAUUGCAUGGCAGCGGCUGGAUGAACUUCCAGCAAACAAUGAUGUCAUCUCUCGUGGGACAACAGGCCUCAAGCUCUAUAUGGUUUCUCCAUUUUUGGCUUCUUUGAAGGCAUGGAUUUCAGUGCAUCUGCCACCUGUUGCUCCCAGAUCUGAUAAACCUUGCAAAGGAAUUAGCGUGUGGAGGGCUAAACAUGGUUCUAGUGGAGGCAGCUCAACAGCAGUCGAGAGCCAGCUGACUAGAGCUGUAGCCGAUGUGCGUCCUCCCGAGGCUGUCCCUGUGAGAAGCUUCCUGAACUUCCGGUUUGACACUGGCCCAAUAUUACAAGCAAUAGAUCUUGCAUUCUCUGCUUAA